UUUGCAUAUUUUUUACGUUUUGACGUAUAUUACUAUUUUAAAAAGAAAGACCCAAACUUUGUUUAUUUUGCCUAAAUAUAAGAAAUGUCUGAAAGUAAUGAGAAAAAGUCUGGUUAUGACUUUGAAUCCAUCCAAAAGAAGCCUUUGAAAUUCAAAGGUGACAGCGGUAAAGUUAAAAAGAAGAAAAAACACAAAAAAGAUAAAAAGAAGUUUGACCAAAUACGUCUUGAAAGCGUUGAAGAUGAAACACAAGCAUCUGCCUCCCCUAAAUAUGACAACCUGACCCCAGCAGAACGAAAAUUUAAAGAAAACCAAGAUAAAAGACAAAUGGAUCGUAUUUUAAAGAGAGCGUCAACCACACAUAGAGACAGGGUUGAGGAAUUUAACAGAAACUUGGACUCGUUAUCCGAACAUUAUGAUAUUCCUAAAGUAAGCUGGACAAAAUAAUUGAGUCUGAAGUCAAACACUUUCAAAAACUCUUUUCGGGCCUAUAAUACACCUGGCGCAAAAGCAUAUACAAAACAGUUGAGGUGUUGAAAUUUAAAAGUUCUGCUUUGCAUGAAGCAAUAAUAAUGAUGCUGCGUUAUCAGAAUCUUAUAAUAUUUCUAAAUGAACUGGCCAAGUAAUUGAGUCGUUAAAACUUCUGCUUUGCGUCAUAGGCAUAACUCGAAAGAAUAUCAUGGGCGACAUUUAAAAUGCACCAUGUAAUUUCGCACCCCAGUUUUAAGCAUUAACGAGCAUCUACUUUUGUUGUAAAUGUGGCAAAAUACCUAACCAAAAUCUUUGAAAUAUUCCUAAAAUUAACCGUACAAAAUAACUCACAAAAAGUGUCAGGUUGGUCAGGUGUUGAGAUAUUAAUGGUACUGUUUGUUAUCAUGUAUAAGAACUUACGUUUUUUAACACAAGGAUUUAUAAACUUGACAUCCAAUUUAAAUGCUUUCAUAAUAAAUCAUAUUCUCACGCUUUGUGAUAUUCCAACCAAACUGUUUCUCCUUUCUUGCACCAUAUUUUGUUGCCGAUAACAGUAGAGUUUAUAAUUCUUGGAUUUUAAUCCAAUACAUCAAUAAAACAAGUUGUUUCAGUUUUAUCUAGGAGCUUCCAUUAUUCCCAAUUUUUAAAUAUUUUAAAAUCCAAUUAUGUAAAAUUGUGGUUUAAUAAUGUGUUGUAUGUGCUGUAUGUGCUG